AUGACUCGCAAUCCUGACGGCCCAUCGCAUUUUCAAUUCGUGCAAGGUCCGUCUCUGGACCGUAAAGCACGCUCGGCCUUGAUCCGGCGCCGAAUCUCUGAGAAGCGCGAUACAUAUCGAGAAGAGGAAGAGCUUAAACGACAGCGGCUCAUUGCCCAUCGACAAUCGCAAAUUUGGUACUCGACAGCACCGGUCUGCGUCUGUCGGCAUGCACGUAGCGGCGACGAGAUUCCCAGUCCGUCGCUGCCGCAGAAUCUGUUAAGGACCCGGUCUCCAGCUCGGCCCAGAUCAAGCUACAAUGUCUGUGGUAAUUGUGGAAGAAUUCAACCUUUUUAUGAUUCGAGAGAUCGCAGUAUUUUGGCUGCCUUAAAAGUCCCUUACCCCACCCACAUGCCAGAUCCCUUUCUCACAGCUCUUUCUACCCUUGGCCCUGACGUGAAAGAAUUGCUUCAAUUUUCACAAGUACUCACAAUCUACAUUCUUAUCCCAGCUGUCGUGCACAUAUUGCCGCAUUUCCGUGGCUCAGACUACACCGCAAGAUGCUAUCAGUCCUGGGUUGUCGAUCAUCUUGACGACCAACUAGUGCUCUAUAGCGUCUUCUGGUCAACGUCCUGUCAUCGUGAGACAUUGCGUGUCAGCUCUGGGUCCGACUCCGACGCGGACUCCCGCGUUCAGUUGUACUACAAGGGUUGCUUGCUGAGGCUGGUACGGGAGCACGUAGCUGAUUUCCACCAAGAGAAAUGGCGCGAUGGGAUCAUCAUGGCCAUCUUGUUCAUGGCGAUCAAUGAGACCGAGCGGGGAAAUUUGAGUCGUGACCCAAAUCCCUUUGUGCCUCCCUUUAUACAUCUCCAAUCUCUGUCGUUCUAUGGCAGUCGCGAUUAUCACCAAUUACACUGGAAUGUGGUGUUCGACAUCAUCACUAAGCUGGGAGGAAUUGAUCGAAUCCAGUUAUUCGCCCUCGGGUGGUUGGCAUCUCUCGCAGAUUUAAUGCAUGCGGCUCACACGCUUUCGAAACCGAAGUUUCCCAUGAUCGAUCCUGAUGGAAAUGUGAGUUUCUCCGCACCGACGGUCCGGCCGUUUCCUAUCCCUGUGAAUGUGCCCGAAAGACAGGGUUUCAAAGAGCUGCUCUUGGUCCACCCGCCGAUGAAAGAGAGUAUUGUGGAUGUUUUCCAACGCCUCAGUCUCUACUCGACCUUGAUACAAUGGGCUUCAACUCGUCAACCCAAUAUCGAUGAAUUGGAUCGGUUGGGAGAUUUCCGUUAUGUCGUCCACCGCACGCUAUUAAGCCUUCCUAAUGAGCACGACCCCCUCGAGAUGAUCUUUGAUCAAGGGGAAACAAUUGAGGAUGACUGUUCUGGAGCGCAUGGACUGUACCUAACCUACCGAUUGGCGGCGCAUCUCUACGCUUUGCACGUCACGUAUCCUCUGCCGCGGUCUGCGUUGACCCGCUCAAUGAUUCUUCCACGCCUGAUCAAAAAACUGGACCACACCAUUCAGACUGCACAGCCGAAGUCGACCCCAUUGCUGUUAUGGUGUGCUGCUAUCGCGGGUAUCGCUGCAGAGGGAUCGGAUGACGAGCCUCGAUUCACAGACCACGUUAGGACUCUGUGUCAUAAACUCUACGUGGAAGCAUUCGAGACGUUUCAUGAUAUCCUGCGACCAUUCGCAUGGGUGGAGGUUGCAUGUUUGCCGGGAUGUCGGCGUCUAUGGGACAGGCUGGAUAUUGACGUCGAAAGAUGA